CGACAAGCUAUGGAACAGAAACGUAACGUUAAUAUAAUUCAAGAGAAUAUAGAAUUUAUAUUAAGCGGAUGUAGAGUUAAGCUAGGAAAUAGUUGCUCAGAAGCUACUAUGGUCGCAUAUACCGAAAUUGUUCAUCAUUUGGAAUGCUUAGAUCCA